UUACUCUCUCUCUAUUUCUUGUUCUUGUUUUUUUUUUUGUUUUUAUGGUCUUUUUCAGGUCUGUCUGUUUAUUCAUUCACUCUUGGUAUCCACUUGUCUCUCUUUCAUUUCUCUCAUUAUUCAAAUUCCUCUCUCCCUACUUACUACCUAUAUUAUUACACUUUCAUUACCAAACGUGAAUCCAAAAUCAAAGAAAUGGGUAGAAUCGCCAUGGAUGAUAAUGAUGAAAAUAGACUUCUUUCCUCCAACGAAGAAGAAGAAGAUCAAGAAGAAGAAGCUUUGUCAUUGAGCGAUCUUCCCAUCAACAUUCAACCCGAUUCAAAACAACCAGAAGCUGAACCUGGACUACCCAUGAUUCAAUUACCGGAAGAUGAUUUCGAUUUCGGGUCUGCCACAACAGAGCCAGAGAUGUGUGCCGCCGACGAUGUCUUCUUCAGGGGUCGUAUUCUUCCUUUACGCCAUUCCAUUAGUUCCGACAGUGGGUUAACCCUUCUCCGAGCCGACAGCCGCAGGACACCACAGUUAUCUAGAUCGGGAUCCAUGGACCAAUAUAAGAUAAGUCAGAAAAACACAAUUAUAAGAAGUAGUAGUAUCAGAAGCCAAUAUUCAUCAUCCUGUAGUAGUAGCAGAUCUAGCAGUACUAAAACCAAUAACACAAUACCGAAACCCCAUAAACCUAAACCACCACCAAACCCAUUCCAGCAUUAUUCAAACAGGAAACCAGUCCCGGGAAAUUUAAACAGAGCAUCGAGUUGUUCAAGAUCAUACAUGGGUCAAGGUCAAAUGAUCAAGUCUAAUAAUAACAACAACAACAUGUGGAGCAUACUUCGAUUGGGAUUGGUGCGGACACCGACCAUGGAACCGCUGGAGAUAAAAUUUCAUGGCAACAACAAUCGGAUUAGUACUACCCAGAUUCAGGGGAAGGAAAAGGAGAAGAAAUUCCCGUAUUUUGGCGGGUGCAAAUGUUCUUCGGUGGAAACAGUUGUAGUACCAUCAUCUUCUUCGUGUAAAGGAACAAAGGAAAAGACAAAGAGAGACAUGUCGAGACGUCAUCGAACGUACGAAUGGUUGAAGGAGCUAUCUGUGGCAGAUGAUGAUCAUGAUGAUCAUGAAGGAGAGAAGGGUAGGGGUAAUCUGGGUAGCUAGGUUUGGAUGUGAGAGAGACAGAGAUAGCACGCCUGUUUCAAAAAAAAUUGUUAAAAAAAAAUGAUUUUAAAUUCAGCCUUUUUGUUCCUUCUUGUGCUAUGUUUCUAAUCAUGUUCCCCUUCUUUUCAUUAUAACUAAUCUUCCUUUCCUUAUAUUCUCAC